AUGAAAGUAACAGGCAACGUGCUGCUCUUUCUUUCAUUCUUUACACCAUUGAUUGUCGCUGGCCCAGUCCGGCGCACGACGGAUACCUGCGGAGAUCCCUCUCUCGCAGUGACCUUCAUCCAAGGGUUCAGCCGGAGCCUGACAGCGCACAACGUCAACUUCCGCGCCGACUUCGUCAACGCAAACACACAGAACACCGGCGAUGUCGAGUACGAAUUUCAAGGCGAGAUGUUCCGCGCGUGGAAGACGCCGCAGGUGAACACCGUCCCCCUCUUCCGCAUGGGCAGCGACACGCUCGCUUCGGAUAUCAUCCUGGCCACCUCCACCACCACUGAUCCGCCAACCGUCCCAGGGUUCCCGGUAAACUUCGGGCUCAUUGGGUAUGUUUAUGCAACGCAGAUCUGUGAUAGCGUCCCGCUCUUCCAGGUCAGCUUGGCUUCGAGGACUGAUCAUUGGGUCACGACGGAUGCCAGCGAAAGGGACGCCCUGGUGAGUUUUGGUUGGGCUGAUGAAGGGACGGUUGCAUUCGUAUUGCCGCCCUAUUCCAAACAACCAGAGGUGUACAAGGGCUCGAAUGAAUGUCGCUCCUGUCGGGAAAGUGACAAAUUGAGGCAGCUUUCAGACGGACUACCUGCGAAGUGCCGCCUAGAAGACUUCAAAACCAAUCCCGACAUCAAUACUUUGCGGCCUUAA